AUGAAGUCUUUAGGAAUUGAAACACAAGAAGGACAUAUGCAAAAACGGCGCAUUGAUAAGAGCGCCCAACGCAACGCAUUACGAACGCGGCGCCUUGAAGAAAGCCGCACACAAAUAUUACAGAUGUAUGGUAUUCCCAUUCCUCAAGAAAAGCCCAUGAAAGAAUUUUCAUUACAAAAUUUGAUCGAAGAAUUUCAUGAAGAACUGUCGGACGAGGUUUUAAGAGAACGCCUUGCUCUCACCACGAACUUUACUCGAGAAGUUGAAAAAGUCAAUUCACUGGACUCCGACUCGCAACUCUUUUUAGUUCGAUUUUUGACAUCAUGCAUCAACAACAGAGACACUAAAAUCACUUCUUAUGCAUUACAGUCGUUGGCUUCGUUAUCGGUGUGUUCUCCUGAGAUUAUUAAAAUGAUUGAAACAAACGGCGCAAUAUACAAUGCAACUCAGACCACAAUAGACAAAGAUUUGAUCAUUCCCUGUUUGUUAUUCCUUGGCAAUUUAGCUUCAAUCCCCGUCCAUGGGGCAGUUGAAGUACUUCCAAAUGCUUUACGGUUCUGUGUGCAAUUUAAUGAUAGAAAUAUAUUUAGACUUGCGUCGUGGGCUUUAUGCAUUGCGGCAGAUGCCGGGUCCAAUGUGAGUGAAUUGGCAAGUUACUUUCUUAAAAUUCAAGACGAAGAAGUUGUGGAGAACACACUACGAGGUUGCCUUGGAUUGCUCACCCACGACUAUUUAAUACCAUUUCAACAAGUAGUACCCUUCAUAGACACCACUCAAUUCAGAGACUUGGUCAUAGAAAUAUUGAGUGAAGCCGCAUACAAAGGGAUCUUAACGGAUGACAUCUCUCAGGUCUUUAGAAUGUUAUUGAAGUAUCCGCUGACUCCUUUAGAAAUAAAAAAUGUUGUUUGGGCUAUUGGGAACAUAGUGAUAACAAAGCCACAAAUUGUCUUAUUCUUCUCUGAAGGCGAUUUCUACAAAUAUGUGAUUAAACAGGCGUACUUGACGGACGUUGGUAUAAAGCGCGAGUGUUGUAAAGCAAUAGCGUCGAUCAUCAACGAGUGUAAAACUGAAGUCAAGUGUUUAAAAAUGUUAGUCGAGAAUGGCAUUGUAAAUGCCAUUAUGGACCUUUUGGACAACUAUGAAAUAUUGCAAAAGGGUGAAAUGGUUGAUAUUAUUAAAUCAUUAAUUCUGUUAAUGGAGCAAGAGAAGUAUGGUGUUGGUGCGGGACAAUAUAUACAACUGAAACUUGAUACAAUCAACAAAAUCUCGUUUGAUAAGAAUUCAUCGUCACAAGUCGUGAAGUUCAUCAUGUGGUUGCUCAACAAUUAUUUUGAAUGA